CAAUUUCAUAACCUACAAAGUUAGUGAACACACUUUUUUUAAUUAAUUUAACUAAAAAAUGUGAAUAAAAUGGAAUCUUGGUGUGCUGCCAUGGCUAUUCCACCUAGUGCUGAAGAUUGUCAAGUAGGAAUUCAUUCCGGCUGUAAUACGUUAGCAUCCACCCCUUCAUCCUCGACGUCAGGAUGUACAUCAGCUGAUGACAGUUUUGAUUUUCGACAUAUUCCUACGGGUCUUACAACUGCUGAGUGCCAACUAUUACUAAAUUCCGAUGCAACUGCAGUAGAAUUAGAAAGUGCAAUAACACGAUUAAAAGAAUUAAUAUUAGAUACAGAACAAUGUUCCGAUGAAAGGAAAUGGGUUGUUCGACAUUUAGUGGAAUUAAGAUUACGAUUACAAGAAAGGCGCGAAGCUGAUAGUGAUCCUCAACAUCCGUUAAAUUUAUCGGGUGGAGAAAUUAUUCGAGUGACUCUUGGACAUCAUUUUAAACCACAAUUUGCCAAACCUACCACAUCAUCGGGUAAAGUGUAUUGUGAUCAUUGUGCAAAAGUUGUUUGGAGUAUUCUUCAAGCAUGGUAUAUUUGUGAAGAUUGUGGAUUUAUUAGUCAUUAUAAAUGUAUUAGUGAAAUAUUUCGUGUGUGUGCCCAAGUUGUUGCAGCUGAACAUCCCCAAUAUGAGUUAAAUAUAUGUCCGGAACAAGGUUUACAUUUACAACAAUUUCGGUGUGCAGAAUGUCGCAUUGCCAUUUCGUUAGUUAUGAGUUCGUCUACAAUAUCUUGUUUUGGUCGAGCUCUUAUGGCAGCAGAUGUUUCAUGGAAUGAAGCUCGAUUAUGUGAUUAUAAUGGAAAGUACUAUUGCCCACGAUGUCAUUGGAAUACCUCAAUGCCUACACCUGCUCGAGUUAUACAUAAUUGGGAUCUUGAACCAAAACGUGUGUGCCAAGCGUCCGCUCAAUUGUUACGACUCACAUAUAAACGCCCAUUAUUACCGUUAGCAACACUCAAUUCUAGAUUAUUUGGCCUUGUACAUGAGUUAAGUGUCGUACGAAAGCAAAGAGAUCAAUUGAUAUUAAUGAAAAGGUAUUUAGUCAACUGUCGUAUUGCUGCAGAACAACAUAUUUUAUCUAGACUUGGUGAUAGGUUACAUAUGACAGAAGGAUGUUUAAGCUCCGAUGAAUCAAGUACUAAUACUGGUGGUGUACAUUUAUAUAGCAUGCAAGAUUUAAUUGAAACAGAAAAUGGUACUUUGUCAAAAAUAUUAUAUGAAAUUAUUGAAAUGUUUUCAAAACAUAUUAAAAAAGAUUGUAUGAUAUGCAAUGGAAGAGGACAUUUAUGUGAAUUGUGCAACAUUGAAGAAAUUUUGUAUCCAUUCGAUGAUGGUGUACAUGUGUGUAAAGUAUGUGGAGCAGUAUUUCAUAGAGCGUGUGCCACAAUGAAACAUUUCAAAUGUUCAAGAUGUGAACGGCGUAAUCGUCGUAAACAAAAACAAGAAAAACCUAAAGAAUACAUAUGUGAUGGAAAAUGUACAGAUGAUUGUGAUUGUACAUUAAAACUUGUUAAUCAUCCGUAUACUGAAUAAAAAUUGAGCCGAAUAUCUUAAUAAACACAAAAAACACUAAGAUGAUCAAACGAAUAAUUAAUUUGUUAACAAAUAUAUUUUUUAAACAUAUUAUGUUGAAUGACCAGAAGAAUUAGGCAAAAAUAAUGAUAUAUUCAAUAAUUUUAUUAAGGUCUUUUAUUUUGUAAAUAUAAAUAUUUUUAGUUACCGUAUGAUGACCGUAAAUAGUAUUUAUUGUACAUAUUAUGUUUAUAAAAUUAUAAGUAUUGGUUUUAAUUUUGGGUAAUUGGAUUUGACUUAUUUUUUAAUUGUUAAUUGUUCAAAUCAUCCAGUGACGGCGUAAGGAGUGGUUUACGUGGGCCAGGGCAUACAGCCUCGCGGUCCGUGGGGCCUUGCGUCUUGAAGAAUGCAACGAAAAAAAUCUAUUCGUCAUGGUAGUACACAAUAAAUUGUAUAUUACUCUGUGAUAAUUAUGUUUCAUACAUUCCACUGUCUAUUCAUAGACAAGUGAAUAUAUUGAACUGUCAACUCUAUUGUAAUUCUAAUCUAUUUCAAUAGGUGUCAUCACUAAACGAUGUAAAUAUGAACCCAAAACGUUCAAUAAAAAAAAUGUUCAUUUGCUGGCGUUGCAUUACCGUCACAAGAAAUCCCUGCCUGUCAAGAUUGGGAAUUUCUCAUACCAGGCGAUAAAUAUUUAUAAUUGGUCGCUCGCCCAUCACUCUCGUUUGUUUGUCUGUAAUUUUUUUAAUGAAAAUUGUCGUCGUGCGCCAAUAGCUCUCACAAUAUAUACUUUGCCCACAUCAAAUUUAGCUCUUGCCCCGCCACUGGAAUCAUCGAAUAUUCUAAAGAAAAAUCAAUUCAUUUGCUAAUUUGUACCAUUUUUUAACAUAGUAUACUAAUUUCAAUUUUAUUUCUAUUUAUUUUGAAUUAACACCAAAAAGUUUAUAAGUAUCCCAAAUGACAAUAGAUUGUUUAUUUUUUAUGUUUAUAUAAUUUCAAUCGGAUAUAAUACCUCAUUGGUGUAAAAAAUUUUGAACAAAUUCGAUAGUAUUUAGAAAAUUGUUCUUUUUACGAAUGUUUAAACUUCUGGGUCAUCUUCUUCGUGGGUCAUAAAAACUUAACGGAGGCCACCAGCUUUAUGAAGAAAUGUAGCAUUUUUAUAACGACAUGGAACACUAUCAUGGUAAAUCUGUUGUGUGCCGGAAAAUCAACAUAUUUGAUGGCAGCUAUUUAAAAAAGCUAAAAUGUUCUAAUUAGUAUGAUUUGCUAUAACCCCACAAUAUUAGUAUGGCUGUUCGAUGCGCCGAAUAUAUUUUUUGUGGCCUAACUUGAAAUAUGUGAACUUUUGUGUAACAAAUCUGUAAUUAAAAAACUGUAAUUUAUUCGAAAAGUUCAUUAUUUUUAUUUCAAUAAGAAUAAUAGAUUGAUCCACCACAGGGUUGUCAUACUUACGUGGGAAUUUUAUGUCAAUAUUUCUUGAUACAGUGCAAUCUCGAUAUAACAAAUCGGAAGGAGCAAGUAAAUAUUCGUUAUAUCAAGUAAUUCUUUAAACUGAGGCUUGUUUGGUCUAAAAUUCGUUAAAAAGAGGUAAUUAAUGAUGUUUCGCUUAUUGCGAUUGAUAAGGAACACUUUUUACGUUUCUGAGCCAUUUCAACUUAAUCUUUAACAAUAGUGAUGAGCAACAGUGUUUAUAUUACUUUCUAUCAAACAAUAGUGAUUGGUUUACGAAAAAAAACUUGUCGGAACCUGUCGCGACAAUCACAUACUAUGGGAUUAAGCGUCAUAUAAUGGUGGGAACGUUAAAUAAAAGUUUUGGGUUCACAAAAUUCGUUAAUUAGGAGUAUUUAACAUUUAUAUAGACUUUUUUUUAUACAUAGUUGACUAUUUGUCAUAAAGAGAUUGUUCCCAAAAAAUGUUUGCAAUGUAAGGGGAAAUUUUACAUUGACUACUAUGGACAAUUUAAGGGGAUUAAGAAGAAUUUGUUAAAACGAGAAAGUCGUUAUAUUGAGGUACGUUAACCUUAUAUUAAGGUUGCACUGUGUAUGCUAUCAAAUUAGCUCAAAAUGAAAUUAUCAAGAAUCUGUAGGCACUAAUAACAUAUAAAUCUUGCAUACACUUUGAUAUUGUGUCUCAUAAUAUUAUAUUCGGAUUGAAAAAUUUUAUAGUUUUUGGAAAACAAAGUAUUUUAUUUUGAAAGUCUUUACAAAGUAUAAACAUAGUAAAGAUGAUUUUUCUUUAUCAGUUUUUUGUAAAUUAUAAUGUACCA